AUGCUCACAAGCUGUAGAUAUUCAGAUAGCUCGCUACAAAUGUCUUUAUUGCGAAAAAGCAUUUGCCAGACGACACUUCCAAAUCUGAAGCGAGGCCAGAAGCCCCGCGCAUGUGACGCCUGCUUCCACAGCAAGCAGUCAUGCGACACGCUAGAGGAAGCAACAUCAUCAUCGGUCACCAUUGGCGCAGGCUCUGCCCCCUCCUCAUUCUCAACUGGUACAACAGUUGGCGUCCCCAACAAUGACAAAGACCGCACCAAGAUCACCGUUGCCUUCCUUUUGGGUCUGACAAACCCGAACUCGGAUAACAUUCUCGAGUUUCUGGCCAACGAGGCGGCCUCCAGAACUGAGGGCGAAGGCACUGAUCCUAGCAUGAGACCCACCCCCCCUCAAUAUCCUCCCGGCACGCUGAUCGACGAAGACUUUACCUUCCUUCCAUAUGGCUUUGCAUCUAGCUUCGCCCCCGAGUUUAUGGACUUUCAGUCCCUAGAAACCCUUUCGACAGACACACUGCCCAGCACCACGGCCUCCCCGUUUGAACCCGAGAGUUGGAGCUCUCGCGCCGCUGAUAUCGUGUCUGAUUUACAUGAUGUUCAUAACAACCUCAGAGAAAUUGAUCCGUGGUAUGAUGGCUCCUUCAGUCUAGAAACCGCAGAGUCGGUGUUCUCGGCGGAAAAUCUGUGCAGCUUUGCAGCAACGUACUUCCGAGUCAGCCACCUCGACUUCCCCAUCGUUCACCGGCCGGAUUUUGGCACUGAACGGACCAACAAACUCUUGCUCCUGGCCGUUGGACUUUCCGGGUCAUUGAGAUCACCACCAAGUGAUGACGUUCUCGCUGCCCGCGGUUUCCUGAGUCUUGCCGAGGAGUAUAUAUUCCGCGGCUUGGCCAGAUUGAUGCCGCCCGGAUCAGCCCCCGAGUUCACCAUUGAGGUUCAGGAGACGUUUCAGGCCGCCCUCAUGAUCCAUUGCGUUCAGUUCUUCAGAAACGAUAUUUCGUCACGCAGAAAGAACCGGACUCAGCGCCUACCGGUCCUCGUCUCUGCCGUGAGGUGUCUGGGGCUGGCUCAGGUCAGGCAUGCGCCGAUCUUUCAGUACGAAGACUUUGUCCUCAACGAGACGAAAAUCAGACUGGCCAUAUGGACGGCACUGGGAGACUGGCAGCAGAGUGGCAUGUUCAACUCCCCGCCGUUGAUGACGCCCGCCGAGUUGACAUGCGACCUUCCAAGCCCACUGGAGCUCUGGGACGCGAAAAGUCCGACUGAAUACUUCGAGGCGGCACACGCUCUCGGGCUCGACGGUUCAAGACGGAUAUCUUCGGUCAAACAUUGCAUCGAUGCGCUGAUGCGCGACACUUGGAGCGGCAUAGGCAGCUUCCCCUUCCAGGAUAUCAACGGCCUCGAUUUGCAAGUCUUGAUUUUUGGGAUCAGUGGCAUGGUCCUCUCCGCCAAUCUCAUGGGAAUAUUACCCACAAGCGCCCAGGCCCUUCUGCGUGCCGUAUCCAGAUGGGAAACCAUGUGGGAAACCAUCCGGGGCCGCAUGGACCCUGCCGCAUUCGAGAAAGUUGGUAUGAUCCGGUUCAAUAGCGAGCUCUGCUGGGCGGCGAGGAAGAUCGUUCAAGUUGCCAUUUCAGGAGACAAAAGCUCUGCGUACAUGCAGAAAGUGGGACACGACUCCCUUGUGCAGCUUCAUGAGUUCGUGCGCCAGUACCGCGACAGUUGA